GCCCGGCGCGCACAUGGCGCUGCUGAGCUACAGCGCGCGCCGGGUUCGCCGGCAGAGACCGGCUCUAGCCGGUAUAAAAAGCUGAGCUGGAGUAAGGAAACGGAGGAGACGGCAGCGGUUGCAAAAAGGGCCAGGCAGGAGUGAGGGGAAGGGAGAAAACAAGGAAGGGGGCAAGUGUUUGGCAGGAAAGGGGCAGCAGGCAGAGGAAGAGCGACCUUGUGAAAACCUUGGCGCGAAGGGGCUACUCAGUUGGGCAUGGGGCAGCCUUGGCACAGGCAGCGGGAGCCUACUGUGGGAUAACGAAGGGGGCUAGUUGCUCCUCUCCCCCCGCUGAAAAGGGUCCGUUUUAGCCAUAGGCUCCAUCCUCUCCAAAAGGGUCAGGAGUAGAAGUCUGAGGCGGCUGCUUUCCCCCGAGGACCUUUUUUUAGCCGGGUCCUUGGCUCCCGCUCUUAAGGCGAGGGGUUGAGUAUUCCAGGCAGCCACCUCAGCAUGUUACUGAUCAGGUUAUAGGCCAAAGCUGCACUUCUCUGCGGCUUGGGGGUAAUCUAUUCUUCCUCAACUUUCUCUCCCCAAGUAACAGCAGCAGCAGCAACAUCUUCUACUGGUUAAUAAUGACUGUCAAAGCAACAAGAAUGUCAUGCAUUGCUCCAAAUGUUUAUACUAAAGUGCCUGAUGGAGGAUGGGGCUGGAUUGUGGCGUUUGCUUUCUUCUUUGUAGAGGCCCUGACAUAUGGCAUUAUCAAGUCUUUUGGAGUCUUCUUUACAGACCUAGUGCAAAGUUUUGAUGAAAGCAACAGCAGGAUAUCAUGGAUAAUCUCAAUAUGUGUAUUUGUACUAACAUUUACAGCUCCUCUUUCUACAGUACUGUCUAAUCGUUUUGGUCAUCGUCUGGUGGUGAUGACUGGAGGUUUACUGAUCAGUACUGGAAUGGUUGCAGGAUCUUUUGCACGCACAGUUGUCGAAAUGUAUAUAUCAAUUGGCAUAGUCUCAGGCUUAGGAUACUGUCUUACCUUUCUCCCUACUGUCACCAUUCUGUCACAGUACUUUGACAAAAAGCGUUCACUGGUCACAGCAGUGGCUUCUACAGGAGAAUGUUUUGCUGUCUUCUCUUUUGCACCAGCUAUCACUGCUUUGAAGGAACACAUUGGUUGGCGAUACAGCCUCCUGUUUGUUGGUCUACUGCAGCUUGGAAUUGUUGCCUGUGGAUCGCUGCUGCGUCCCAUCAUAAUCAAAGCGCAGGAAGUAGUGAAAGUAUCACCAGUGGAAGAGCAAAAAGAGACAAAGUACAUUCUUGAAAAUGAGCAGACACGGACCUCAAUAGAUUCCAUUGACUCAGGAGUAGAAGUAACUACCUCACCUCACAACAUGCCUGGAGAUGCCAAAUUAGAACUGAAAAAUGAAGAACCAAAGGAAAACACAGAUAUUCUCAUAGAAGCUAAAAGCAUCCCUAUCAAGCAACCAAAACCUAAACUUCUAGACUUCUCUGUAAUGAAAAACUAUGGCUUUAUUUGUUACGCACUUUUUGGUUUAUUUGCUACUCUGGGAUUCUUUGCUCCUUCCCUGUACAUAAUUCCUCUUAGCAUGAGCCUUGGAAUCGACAAGGAUCGCUCUGCAUACAUACUGUCAGCAAUGGCAAUUGCUGAGGUCUUUGGCAGAAUCAGCGCUGGCUGGGUCCUCAACAAAAAGCCUAUCCGAAAAAUUUACAUUGAACUCAUCUCUGUCAUUCUGCUGGAUAUUGCCCUCUUUGCCUUCCCUCUUGCUUACAAUUUUUGGGGACUAAUGAUGUGUAGCAUUUUCUUUGGGUUCAUGCUUGGGACAGUAGCAGGCACGCACAUUCCUAUGUUGGCUGAAGAUGAUGUGGUUGGCAUAGAGAAGAUGUCCUCUGCUGCAGGGGUUUAUGUAUUUAUUCAAAGUUUAUCAGGGUUGGCUGGACCACCCCUUGCAGGUGUGCUAGUGGAUACCACAAAGAACUAUAGCUCUGCAUUCUAUUCCUGUGCUGCUGGCAUGCUGUUGGCUGCUGUGUUCCUUUCUUUGGUGAUGCCUUGUAAGAAAAUACAAUAUCAAAGAAAGAAGCAACAAGUCGAAGAAAACACGUCAGAGCCCUUGCAGGAUGUACCAGAUGACUUUAUAGAGCCUGAUCUUGGAAAAAAUGAGGAUUCUUUAAGAGGCAAUGACAGUAUGGCCUGAUUUAAAAAAAAAAACAUGCACACACACACCCUUUGGGGAAAAAGCAAGUCAGCUCUGAUCCACCUUCUGAAAGCUACACUUUAAAGGAAAUGCAAAAUUAUAAAUGUGAACAGAUGCUAUCAACCCUUUUGAAAGAUUGUUACAUAGUUUUUGUAAUCACCUGGAAUGCUUAAUACCAUUGAUUGACCCCAUAAGUGCACUCCUAUCGAGCAUGAAACUGUGGUUCAAUUCUCAUAUUCCUAACAAAGAGAUAGGCAACACAUAAAUUUCUUAUCAGUUUCAACUAUUGUGCUAGAAGAGGGGUUCCCAAAAUGUGGUCCGUGAGUUUUAUUUGGGUGGUCUGCAGCAUGUCCAUAUUAAAUACUCCUAUUGAUUGUAACUAUUUUCAUCUCUUCUCAUAUGGUAUUUUAUUGUAUUACAAUUUGUAUUCCAUUGAAUUCAAAUUGCAAUACAGUAAAAGAAAUAAAAGCAACAAGAUGCAAUAAACAUAUAGCACUAAGGUACAGCAUAUUACAAUAGCUACAUCAGGUGGAAAAAUCUGGUCUGCCAAGACCCUCAGCAAUUUUUAAGUGGCCCAUAGGGGGGAAAAAAGCUUGGGGAACCACUGUGCUAGAGAAAAGGCAAGUAUAUGUCUUAUAGCAAAACACCAAUCAUUCUGAACUUUGCUUAGCUUUUUUAAAAAAGGAUUCUCCUAGAUAUUAAUUCCAAAGAACAGUAGGACAAAGGGGGAUAUGGUAUACUUAAUAGUAGUUCCCAAACUUCCCCCCCCAUUGACCACUUGAAAGUCUUGGCAGACCAGUUAAUGAUUUUUCUCUGUGUUGUAGCAAUUGUAAUGCACUGUGCUAGAAGCUGUAUAAUUUUUAAUUUUAUUUUUGUGGCUUUUAUUUCUUAUAUUGUAUUUUAUUGCGUUACAAUUUACAUUCAACAGAAUUCAAACUAGUACAAUAAAAUACAAGAAAUAAAAGAAGCAAUAAAAAUGCAAUUAAAAAUCAGUAUGAAUAUUUAAUAUAGACAUACUGUGGAACACCUGAAUGAAGUUUGCAGACCACUGGUGGUCCAUGGACCACAGUUUGGGAACCCAACUUAGAGACUUAACACAGGAUUUUUUUUUAAUUCCUUGAAUUUCAUAUAUGUUGGAAAGUUGGAGGCUACCACUUCCAUUUUUAUGGCCAGUUGUUAUUGCAGGUAUUUCAUAUAUGGUCUGCGCAGUAAACGUCACAAGAUGUCACCCUAAGAGUCAGAAAUUACUCGCACUAUAAGUGCGGGGACACCUUUACCUUUUAUUCCACCUCAGACUAACUUUACACAGUCCAACCCUAUGCAUGUUUAUUCAGAAACUUUGAGUUUGACUGCUUUCAGUAGACUGCAUUCCCAAAUAAGUAUGAAUAGAGUUGCAGCCUUAGGUUGGAAUCCUGUACACAGCUUUAUAUCUGUGUGGUCAUUCUAAACCCCAAAUCAGUGCUGCUUGAGGAAGAUAGGAUUAGAAAGAGAUAUUCCUCUGCUGGGCUUGGAUGGUGGGUGAGCUUAGCUCCAGCAGAUGCUCCCAUCGCUCUCAGAAGUGGUUGAGAAGCUACUGCUAAUAGUGUUCCCAUUACCAGUAGCCUGCAGAAGGCUCUAAAGCAGGAUGUUAUGGGACAGAAAUGUGGCAGACAGAUCUGCUAGAUCCAUUUCCCAGGGAAGGGAUUGAUUUUGGCACCUCUGCUGUGCCAGUCUGGAGUUGGCAUGACAAAAAAGACACAAACCCCUUUGCAGGGCUGCAGGUACUGCUCAGUCCUUCCUGUUCCCUCGUUAGGAUUGCCUACUCCAUUGAACCUCGGGGGAUACCUCUGAGCACUAUUAAAGUCUUAUUCUCUUUUUGUAGUUGGAUAAACCAACUUUAUUGUUAUCUUUUUAAAUUUAAAAUUACCUACUUAUUUAUUUUAGAGUUAUUAGCAGCUGCCUGCCUGGGCAUAUUUGUGUGGGUUUUUUAAAACUUUCCACCAGUCAUUUUAAUGCAUUGAUAUUUAACUUUUAUUGACAUGUGUUUAAAGGUGUAGGUAGCAGUAUACCUGUUCUUUUUUAAAGGUGUAGGUAGCAGUAGUCCUGGUUUUUUCUGUUAAAAGAGUUUUGAGGGAACCUAGGCCUUUAAAAGCAAAAACACAAGGCACACACAUCCUGCUCUUGAAUUGAGUCCCAAACAGGACUGUAGUUCCAGUUGGUAAUACACUGAAGGCAGGGUUCUGUAUAUCUCUGAACAUUGACACUUGAUCCAGUAGCAUUUCAAGCAUGAUUAAUACAAUUCAUGUAUUAAAACUGAAAACGAUUUGUUGAAUCUGGUGAGAGAAUUUUCAAGAUGAGAUACAGUGAAAAGAAGGUACUGAUACAUUGUGAAGCAGAUCUUCAGCUUUCACAGUGAGGCCCUAUGGCUGUAGGCUUAAGCCAGUCUUGCACCACCUGAGAAUGUGAAGCCUAUAUGCUUUGGGGCUAUUCUUACAUUUGGUGUCUUCCAUACAAUCACCCAUGUGAGUGUACAGGACCAAAAUGCCCAUGACCCUCCCUGAAUUGCACUAACUGUGUGUGUUGUCAUACAGCCUACACUGCUGCCAUAUGCAAAACUGCAACUGCCAUUUAUUGAGCAGCCGUGAUCACACAAAAAUGGCCUCAAUCAUCAACUACAUGCAAUUCUCAAUGGGCCAUGUGCCCAUAAGCAGCUGCAUCAGUGAUUAAGUGGAAGCCAAAUGUAUGAACUAGGCCUUGGCAUCUCAUGUAGUUGUCAAUGUUCACUGCAGUGAUAUUCUGCAUGAAUUGGAUUACUACAGAGAACCGAAGCAAAAAGAAACUUGCUAUUUAAAAACAUGAUUAUACAGGUAUGGCAGUUUAAAUGUUUAAAAUAUAACAGGAAUGUUCAACAGGUGCCAGAGGCAUCAAAUAACUGGUCCUAAAAAUUAUGACGCCACCAUCCUGGGUCACAAAUUGUUAAUGCAGACAUCAGUAAGAAUUUUGCUACUAGCUUCAGGGACAGUAUAAUUGGACACAGUUGGUUUUUCCUCUCACUUUCAGUCAGUUAUGUGAAAGGGAAUUAUAAAAAUGCCAACAUGUUGGCUAUUCACUUAUUCUAGAUAACUAUCAAUGGUGACACAUGCUUGCGUGCCCCACUUUUAUGCAUAUUUUUGUCACUAGACAACUCUGGGACAAAAUGAGUAAAUGGUUUGUUUUGGUUCUGAAUAUACACAGUACAGUUUCAAACAUUUCUUAACAGUUCACUGGGAGUGGAAUUGUAUGCUCACUGCUGUGCUAAGAUGUUUAUGCAUCAUCAGCCAUAGAAAUGAGGACAAUCUGAUCUUUUUUUAAAAAAAUAAUCACCAGCACGUGACUACAUUGUUGAAAGUCAUUGCAAUUUCAGUGUGGUUAAAGCUUAAAGCCAUUUAUCAGGAUGCUGGUUGAUUUUUAAUGGAACAUACUUUCAAGGUAAAUGUCUUUAAUAUCAAAAUACUAGGCUGUGUUCCUAAGCAUACUUACUUGCAAAUAGGUUCACGGUGUUGUUGCCCCCAAAACAUGGGAAAAGAUGCUCUUGAAUCAGAGUGGCUUUAGCAAUCCACCCUCCCUCACUGCCUGAAAACUACAAUGUUGCAGUUUAGUAUCCUUUGAAUAACUUCAGCACUUUAUCAUGUACAGCAGAACCUUGAUAGAUUGCCACUGUAAAUGGAAGAUAUCCACCACCCCUGACCAGGAGGUGGGUAGCUUUUCUGAUUUUGAAUUAGCGAGCAAAUGAACAAAACAUGAAACUUGCAUUCACAUACUGUGUUAUUUAUUUAUUUAUUUAGCAAACAUACCUUAUUACUUAUUCAUCACUAUACCUCUAGCAAAGCAGUAAACAUACUGUAUAAUAUUAUACAGUAAUUAUUAAAUUAACAGCAUCUUAGUAAUAUAAGACCUCAGUACUUUUGCUAUUAUGACUUUACUGAAGAUAACAUAGUAAGGAGUGUAUUAUAUGUUUGUGGGAAAACCUAGCUGUCCAGUUUAACAAGGUUCUACUGUAUCUCUUUUUAUACAAGGAUAUCCAUUAGUAAAGCGUAUAACUGACUGCAUCAAAAAUUACUGUUUAUGUACAUACCAUAUUAGCAUGACCAGGAGCGUAUACAUCUCUGUGCACAAAAGCUUCAAAAUCAGGAUUAAACCUGGUCGUAGCAGGAUUGCUGGUUUGUUCUGUACUGUAAUUAGUGAACUCUGGAAGUGCUACCAAACACUGAGUUUUGCAAUAAACUUUU